AUGGAUGCAGAAAUGUCUAAAAUUAAAUCUAAAGAUACAAAACCCAACAUGGCCGCCAUAUGGACAAUGGCUCUGGACAGCAGACGGAAGGAGCUGCUGUUGAAAACGCUGAUGGAGCUGGGGGAGGACGAAUUCGAGUGCUUCAAGUUCUACACCGACCUGCCUAAAAGCGUGCGUGAAAACACCCGCCGUGUGUACAUUGCUGAACAGCUGGUAAUGAAGCACAGCGAGAACACUCUGGAUGAGACGGUCAAGAUUCUGGAGAAGAUCGGUAACAACAAUUUGGCCGAGAAGCUGCGCAGCGACCUGGUGGAAAUAAAAGGUGCCGUCUUCUCCGUCCAUGAUGAUAAUCAGAUUAACCGAUUGAAGGGGGAGCUGCAAGAAAACUUGAAGAGUUUAUACAGCUUUGCAUCCGAGGGCACCACAGAGCGCUGGAAGCAGCAGCCUCUGACGGACGUCUACACGGAGCUAGACGUCACCUACGGGGCCGACGUCGUCCCCGACGAGCGACACGAGGUCCUUCAGAUGGAGACGAGGGCUACUGCGGCCAAAGAGUCUAUCCUGCCGUGUGACAUCUUCAAAAACCAUGACGGGAAGCCUCGCCCGAUAAGAACUCUGCUCACCGUCGGCUUCGCUGGAAUGGGAAAAACGUUCUUGAUUCAAAAGUUUGUGUGGGACUGGGCCAGCGGUAGUACCAACCAGGACGUGAACUUCAUAUUUCCCUUCACCUUCCGCGAUUUGAACAUGGACAGAGGGGAGAGCUUUACGCUGGCCGAGCUGAUCCAACGUUACACGUCUAGGAAGCGGGAUUUCGAAAGCAGCAGGAUCAAGAUCUUGUUUGUCCUCGACGGACUGGACGAGUGCAACUUCAAAAUUGACUUGAAGAAUGGGAGGAAAGUGGACAUGGACGUGAAGGAAAAAUACCCACUGGAUGUACUGCUGGCGUAUCUCAUCAAAGGGAACCUGCUUCCUUGCGCCAGGGUUUGGAUCAGCACGCGGCCCACGACAGCCAGGGAUAUUCCCUCCAACCUCAUCGACAGCAGAACUGAGGUGAGAGGAUUCAGUGAUUCCCAGAGGCUGGAGUACUUCAGAAAUAGGUUCCCAAAUGAGGAGCGCGUCAUUGAGCACAUUCGGAAAUCUCACACCAUCUUCAUCAUGUGCCACAUUCCCAUCUUUUGCUGGCUCACCGCCACAGUCCUUCAGGAUCAUUUGGACAAAGGGAAGGAUGGAGACCUUCCCACAACGUUGACCGACAUGUACUCAGAGUUUGCGGCUCACCACUUGGAAAAUUCCAAGAAGAGAAAUACAACGGAGCACAUCCUCUACGUGAAAGUGUUAGCAAAACUGGCUUUUCACCACACCAUGAAUAACUGUCAGAUCUUCUACGAAAAGGACCUGACGGACAGCAGCUUUGAUUACGGCCAAGCAGCAAAACACUGCGGUUUAUUCACAGAGGUGUUUAAGGAGGUCCGUCCGCUCAGAAGAAACCAACAGGGCAAGAUGUUUCAGUUCGUUCACCUGACCAUCCAGGAGUAUCUGGCCGCACUGUACGUAAUGAUGAGCCUCUUCCACGACGGCAAGAACGUACUGGAUGAUUCAGGAUGGUCACUGAAAAAAUUGGCCCGUCUUUUUAAGCAGAACACAAUCACAGAGGUCCACCAGUCAGCUCUGCAGAAAGCCUCGGAGAGUAAAGGACACCUGGAUAUGUUCCUCCGCUUCCUCUUUGGCCUUUCCUUGCCGUGCAACCAGAAACUAGUGAGUGAACUGCUGAAGGCUCCUCAGGGCUGCGGGCAAAGCAAGUCAAAGACAGUCGAGUUGAUCAAGGAAAGGAUCAAACAGAACACUCCAGAGAAUAAUGUCAACUUGUUCUACUGCCUAAACGAGCUGAAGGACGACUCCUUGCUGCAGCAGAUCCAGUGGGAUCUUCUUUUUAAACGUUUCUCCUCGGAGGAGCAGGAACUAGUUCCUGGCAUGUCCUGGCAUCAAAUGUCAAAUGACAUGUGGUCGGCCCUGGUCUUCUUCUUACUUACAGACGACAACACCAUGAAGUCCUUUCAUCUUGGCAGUUACUCCCCAUCGGCGUUGGGGCUCGAGAAGCUGCUGUUGGUGGUCAAGGCUUCUCAAGAAUCAGAUCUAAGGUUUUGUAACCUGGACAAAGGCAGCUGUCAUCUGCUGGCUUCCGUUCUCAGUUCCCCAUCCAACCUGAGGUAUCUGGACCUGAGCUUCAACCAGGAUGUGUCGGACGACGGGGUCGAAAUCCUCUCAAAAGGACUGGCCAGCCCACACUGCAACUUAGAAGUCCUCACGCUGAUAAAAUGCUUGAUCACAAAGCGAGGAUGUGUUUCAUUGGCUGAGGCUCUCAAGGUAAACCCCUCCCAUCUUCAAAAGCUGUACCUGUGUGUCAACAAUCUGUCAGAUGAGGGGGUUGAGAUGCUCUCGAAAGGACUGGCCAGCCCACACUGCAUCUUAAAAGUCCUCAACCUGUCCCACUGUGGGAUCACCAGUAAAGGAUGUGUUUCAUUGGCCGAGGCUCUCAAGUUAAACCCCUCCCAUCUUCAAGAGCUGCUCCUUAGCUGGAACAAUCUGUCAGAUGAAGGGGUUGAGAUCCUUUCGGAAGGACUGGCCAGCCCACACUGCAUCUUAAAAGUCCUCAGGCUGUCCUACUGUGAGAUCACCAGUAAGGGAUGUGUUUCAUUGGCUGAGGCUCUCAAGUUAAACCCCUCCCAUCUUCAAGAGCUGCACCUGGGCCGGAACAAUCUGUCAGAUGAAGGGGUUGAGAUCCUCUCGGAAGGUCUGGCCAGCUCACAUAGCAUCUUAAAAGUCCUAAACCUGUCAGAGUGCAAGAUCACAAAGCGAGGAUGCGUUUCAUUGGCUGAAGUUCUCAAGUUAAACCCCUCCCAUCUUCAAGAACUGGACCUGGACAGCAACAAUCUGUCGGACGAGGGGCUUGAGAUCCUCUCGAAAGGACUGGCCAGCCCACACUGCAUCUUAAAAAUCCUCAAGCUGUCAGAGUGCGAGAUCACCAGUAAAGGAUGUGUUUCAUUGGCCGAGGCUCUCAAGUUAAACCCCUCCCAUCUUCAAGAGUUGAAUCUCUGGGACAAUCGAAUAGAGGAAAAAGAAAAGAGGGUCUUAUUGGACAUCAAGGAGGAUCCCAGCUAUAGCCUGAAGAUUGUCAGAUUUAAAUGGGAUUAAGAACAACGUUUGGUCCUUGGCGUCAAGAAGGGCGAGUCAUUCCAAAUGUCGAUUAUCAGAAGACGUUGAGUCCAUUUGGUCUACUUCAGAUUUAGUUCGGUCUCACUUACUCUCCGACCAUUGCAAGAGGACCGGGUGUCGGUGCGACCUCACUCACAGAAUUCGAGGAGGUCGUCGUCGGGUUCUUUGCAGCGACAUGGACGUGGAGUUCAAGGGGAAGGUCUACGGCAUUCCCACCAAACUGCUGGCAGUUGUUUUCAUUCAUUUGUACUGGGAGGGGCUGUCCAAAAGGAUUGGACUCUGAGCACCGUCAAUGAGGUCAACUUAUGUUUCUCACAAAUUUAAAAGAAAAUGUCUUACGUUGACUUGAAAUUGUUUUGCU